CGCAGGUGGUCCCGGGACAGCGCUGGGGCCGGGGCGGGACCCGGGGGGCGCGCGCGCCGCCCGCCGCGGGCCUCAGUUUCCCCUUCCAAUCUGAGAAGUGACCGGGCCCGAAGUCCUCCGCAGCAUGGCCUCCGGCACCCCGCCUCUGAGCCCCUCUGAGCCUCCGCCGGCCCCCCAGCAGCCCCAGGCUCGGGCCCGGCUCAACGCCACCGCCUCCUUGGAGCAGGAGGGGGACGAAGCACCCCGGGCCGGCGCCGGCUCCGGACCGGGCACUGGAGAAGCCUCCGCGCCCACCGUGCCCACCGCACCCCGCAGCCCUCAGGCCAGAAGUGGAGAAGCCGCGGAGGGAGCCGGGCCUGGGAAGGGAGACAUGGAAAUCCCGUUUGAGCACCUCCUGGAGAAGGCCAAGGCCGGGGACCCCAAGGCGCAGACGGAGGUGGCCAAACACUACCUGCGGCUGGCCAGCCGCGCGGACGAGGAGCUCAACAGCUGCAGCGCGGUGGACUGGCUCCUCCUGGCGGCCAAGCAGGGCCGGCGCGAGGCCGUCAAGCUGCUGCGCCGCUGCCUGGCGGACAGGAAAGGCAUCACUUCGGAGAACGAGGCGGAGGUGAAGCAGCUGUCCUCGGAGACGGACCUGGAGCGCGCCGUGCGCAAGGCCGCGCUGGUCAUGUACUGGAAGCUCAACCCCAAGAAGAAGAAGCAGGUGGCCGUGUCGGAGCUGCUGGAGAACGUGGGCCAGGUCAACGCGCAAGAUGGAGGGGCCCAGCCGGGGCCCGUCCCCAAGUCCCUGCAGAGACAGCGGCGGAUGCUGGAGCGCCUGGUCAGCAGCGAGUCCAAGAACUACAUCGCCCUGGACGACUUCGUGGAGAUCACCAAGAAGUACGCCAGGGGCAUCAUCCCCACCAACCUGUUCCUCCAGGACGACGAGGACGAGGACGACGAGCUGGCCGGCAAGAGCCCCGAGGACCUGCCGCUGCGCCGGAAGGUGAUGAAGUACCCCCUGCACGCCAUCAUGGAGAUCAAGGAGUACCUGAUCGAGCUGGCGUCCAAGGCGGGGAUGCACUGGCUGUCCACCAUCGUGCCCACCCACCACAUCAACGCGCUGGUCUUCUUCUUCAUCAUCAGCAACCUGACGGUCGACUUCUUCGCCUUCUUCAUCCCCCUGGUGGUCUUCUACCUGUCCUUCGUGUCCAUGGUGAUCUGCACGCUCAAGGUCUUCCAGGACAGCAAGGCCUGGGAGAACUUCCGCUCGCUCACCGAGCUGCUGCUGCGCUUCGAGCCCAACCUGGACGUGGAGCAGGCCGAGGUGAACUUCGGCUGGAACCACCUGGAGCCCUACGCCCACUUCCUGCUCUCGGUCGCCUUCGUCAUCUUCUCCUUCCCCCUGGCCAGCAAGGACUGCAUCCCCUGCUCGGAGCUGGCCGUGGUCGCCGUCUUCUUCACCGUCACCAGCUACAUGAGCCUGAGCAGCUGCGCCGAGCCCCACGCGCGGCGGGCCCUGCUCACCGAGGUGGCCGCCGGGCUGCUGUCCCUGCUGCCCUCCGUGCCCGCCGACGGGCACUUCCUGAAGGCGCUGGGCCGGCCCCUCUGCACCGUGCCCGUGGGCCGCCUGGUGGUCCUGAACGUCAGCGUGCCCCUGCUCCUCUACGUCUACCUGCUGUACCUCCUCUUCCGCAUGGCGCAGCUGCGCGGCUUCAAGGGCACCUACUGCUACCUCGUGCCCUACCUGGUGUGCUUCAUGUGGUGCGAGCUGGCCGUGGUCCUCCUGCUCGAGUCCAGCGGCCUGGGCCUGGUCCGCGCGUCCGUCGGCUACCUGCUCUUCCUGUUCGCGCUGCCCGUGCUGGUGGCGGGCCUCACGCUCGUGGGCGCGGUGCAGGCGGCCCGGUGGCUCGUGUCCCUGGACCCGGGCACGGUGGUGGCGAGCGCGGCCCUGUGCUCCGUGCCCCUGCUGCUGCGCGGCUGGAGCCGGGCCGGCGCGUCGGCGGGCGUGGCCCGCUCGCUGUCGCGCAGCUCCGUGGUGAAGCUCAUCCUGGUGUGGCUGUCGGCCGUCGUGCUCUUCUGCUGGUUCUACGUGUACCGCUCGGAGGGCAUGAAGGUGUACAACUCCACGCUGAGCUGGCCGCAGUACAGCUUCCUGUGCGGCCCGCGGGCCUGGAAGGAGACCAACAUGGCGCGCACGCAGAUCCUCUGCAGCCACCUGGAGGGCCACCGGGUCACGUGGACGGGCCGCUUCAAGUACGUGCGGGUGACCGACAUCGACAACAGCGCCGAGUCGGCCAUCAACAUGCUGCCCUUCUUCGUGGGCGACUGGAUGCGCUGCCUGUACGGCGAGGCCUACCCGGCGUGCGGCCCCGGCCCCGCGCCCACGGCCGAGCGCGAGCUCUGCCGCCUCAAGCAGCUGGCCAAGCACCCCUGCCACAUCAAGAGGUUCGACCGCUACAAGUUCGAGAUCACGGUGGGCAUGCCGCUGGGGGGCGGCCCCGACGGCCCCCGCGGCCCCGAGGACGACGACGUCACCAAGGACAUCGUGCUGCGCGCCAGCAGCGAGUUCAAGGACGUGCUGCUGGGCCUGCGGCACGGCAGCCUCAUCGAGUUCAGCACCAUCCUGGAGGGCCGCCUGGGCAGCAAGUGGCCGGUGUUCGAGCUCAAGGCCAUCGGCUGCCUGGACGGCCCGGCGCGCCCCGCGCCCGCCCGGCGCCACGUCAAGGUGGAGCGGGACUGGCGCGGCGCCGUGCACGGAGCCCUCGCCUUCGCCUUCGACUUCUUCUUCUUCCCCUUCCUGUCGGCCGCGUGAGGGAGGAGACCGCGCGCCGCUUCCGCCCGCCCCCGGGAGCACUUUGGG